AUGGGGUUCUUCUGCAUUGGUUCCUCCUCCUUUUCCCUGUUGUGUGAAGAGGACAGAGACAGCAUCCUUGGGUGUGCUGACGGCGAGGGGGAGGCGCCGGAGUUGGGGAGGGAUCUUGAUUCCUCAUGCUUUGUUGGGUUGCCAUUGGAGAGCGAUGAGCUUGUAGGAUCCCUGAUGGAGAAGGAGAAGGAGCAGCUGAUUGGGAUUGCAACGGGGGAUUACCUUGAGAGGUUAAACAAUGGAGGUUUGGAGUUCUCUUGGAGAACUGCUGCCAUUGAUUGGAUUGGCAAGGCCAAGGCUCACCACAAUUUUGGACCACUGUGUGUUUAUCUUGCUGUCAACUAUCUGGAUAGGUUCCUCUCCUCGAAACAAGCCCCAGUUGACAUGCCCUGGAUGCAGCAGCUGCUGCCAGUUGCUUGCCUAUCAAUUGCUGCCAAGAUGGAGGAGACUAUGGUUACUCGAUCUCUAGAACUUCAGGUCUGCAAUGCGAAGUAUGUGUUUGAAGCAAAGACUGUCAAGACGACGGAAAUUCUUGUGCUGAGUUCUUUGAACUGGAGGAUGAAAGCUGUGACCCCCUUCUCUUACAUCAAUUAUUUCCUGGACAAGUUCAAUGGGGGAAAACCUCUAACUUCCGAUGUGGUCUCUCGGUGCACCGAGCUCAUACUCGGCACUCUGACAGCAACUAAGUUCCUGCAAUUCAGACCUUCUGAGAUUGCCACAGCCGUGGUUCUAUCAACAGUUGCUGAGACACAAGUUCUUGACUUCAGCACUGCUCUUGCAGCUUCUAAAAUUCCUGUAGAUAAGGAAAAUGUGAGGAGAUGCCAUGAAGCAAUGCAAGAGAUGGCAUUAGUGAAGAACACAAACAUCAGUGUGAGUCCUUCAGUUUCAAAGAGCCCAUCUGGUGUGCUGGAUUCCUCGUGCUUCAGCUAUAAGACUGAUGACAACCGAACAACAAUGUCAUCGCAAGAAAACAACUACAAUGCCAACAACAACCAGGCCUGCACUCCAGCUAACAAGAGGACAAAGCUAGACUCAGAACCAAUGCCAUAA